UUAACAGUGGUACAGCAGUAAUAGUUGUGGUGUUGUUGAUAACACUGUGCAAGUGUUGGUGCGCAACAGUCGUCGCCAGUUAGCCAUCUGGUAAUCCAGCAACGGUCUGUGCUAGUGACACUUCUGCAGCAGCAGCACCAGCGUUAGAAGCAGCAUCAGUGCAAGUGGCAGCAAUGCAAUUCUUCGUUUAAAACAGAAGCAGCAGCAAUUCGUAAUUCCGUUAUUUACGACAUUCGCCGUCGUCAUCAGUACCGUCGUAGUUGGUGAAAUGACAGUUUUCGUGGCUCGUCUUAAUUUGUGUGUAAUCAGUCGUUCGGUUAUUCGGUUGUUCGGUCGGUAUUAGUUGUGAGCCGCCAAGUGAUGAGCUCGUGUUGCUAAUUUAAUUUUCAUUUCGCUAAGCGUACUAAAUUACAUUUUUCCACAUACUAAUAUGUUUUUAUUAAAUUAACUGUACAUACCGCAUCGACUCGUGUGUCAUUUCGUGUGAUUGGAAACAGUUUUCGGUUGGCCAUAUUACUGUUUGCUUAACGGUGUUUAACUGCUGCAAGAUAACGGUGUUAUUACAUUCGGAUUUCGGACAACAGCUGCUAGAUCUCAUAUUUUUAGUAUAGUAAGCAGAGAACGAUUUUGGCGCGCUUUCUUUGUGGAAAGAACCACAUAAUAUUUUAAUUUGGAUUGGUUGGGGUGGUAUGUGGAUAGAUUUUAGCCGCCAUGGAUCCCAGUGCUCUACAAAACAUGGAUCGGGACGCAUUAAAGAAGCAAAUCGAGAACAUGAAAUAUCAGGCAUCGAUGGAGCGAUGGCCGUUAUCUAAAAGUAUUGCAGAAAUGCGGUCUUUUAUCGAAGAGAAUGAGAAGAACGACCCCCUAAUAAAUGCCCCGGAUAAAAAGAAUAAUCCGUGGGCUGAAAAGGGAAAAUGCGUUCUUAUGUAAUAUUAUCGUAAACCACAACAGUACCAUACCAACAUUCAUAAGUAUCCCAUUUAUUACUACAAUAACCACAGUAAUAUCAAUAACCAAACUAAUAACACUACUUAUAUUAAAAACAAUAGAAGCAAAACAAAUGUUAAUAAGAAGAAAGCUAAACCACAACAACCGCUAGAACAACCACCAAACGCAAGGAAUAACAAUAGCAAUAGCAGCAAAAAGAUGCCAAAACAGCAACAGCCAAACAGUUGCAACAUCAGAAACUCUUAUGACUCGAGAAAAGAAGAACAAGCUGAUUGUAGCAAUUCCCUAGAUCCACAAAAUCUGUAUAUACAUCAGCACGAAAAUCAAGUAACAUUAGAAGAAGAUGUGGAAACUGAAGACGGUAGUGACGGCGAGGAAAGUGAAGCCGGUGAACAUAUGGCAAACGCGGAUAAUGUAACGUUGUGUUACAAUAAUAAUUACUAUAACAACAACAAUAAUUACUACUACCACUAUUGCAACUUGAAUUAUAACCAACACCUAAACGAACAGUCCCAGUCCAAAACACAUUUGCUGAUACGUCAGCUAAAACGACGCACUGUACAAGAAAUUCUGCAGCGUCCAUUCCUUAUCCAAAUAGUCGCUCUUUUCAUGUGGUUCCACGGCAAAUUCUGGCAAUUCUACUACGAAACAUUGACACGAAGAUUGCAGUAAAGGCAGAAAAUUGAAUUACAUAUUGGAAGAAUAACAAUGCAAAAUUAAAAAAACGUAUGUAAGUAUAUGCGUAGCACGGACAUUUGUUGAUAUCUGAAAUCGACACCAUUUACUGCUGCAACAAAACUCUAAACUUUAAUAUAGAGGAAUCUAUUUCAACUCUUAAAAGGAGUCUAGCAAAAGGAAAGAACCUAAGCAUUUCUUCUUGAUAACAUAAUAUUGGACGUUCUUGUGGAUGUUAGCAAUCUGUAAUAGCUCAGAGGCAGAUUCGGAUGGACACCAUAAUUAUAUUUAGUUUUAAAGCGUUUUCCCAUACUACUGUAUUUACCAACAAAACUUAACUUAAUGCGCGUACUUCAAAAGUCACAAUUUAAAAAACAGGAGUAGUAAAUGCAUAUGCCAAACGAUAAUAAGAACAAAUCGUUUGAAACUAAGAACUAAGAGUAAAAUACAAUAUAUUAAAUUUACUUAUUUGCAUUCCAUUCAUACUUACAAUACUUAUAUUGAACACAAUAAAAUGAGUAAAGAAUUGCUGCGUGCAAUCUGAUAUACAAAAAGUAGUGUAAAAAUUAUAAAAUAAGAACUAACACAGUAAUAACUGCUAAAUAUUAGAUACUCUCUAGUGACUUCAUUGGUAGGAUUUUUCCAAAAAGUCAUUGCCAUUAACAUUAUUAGCAUUUGGUAGUUGUUGAUUUGAACUAUUACUUUUUGGUAUGUAACUAUUUAAGUUGUAAAAGCUUUCAAACCAUAUUUCUUAGUGCUUUGUUGUGCUUUCGAAGAAUUCAUUUUCACAUUCUGGUUUUUGUAACUUUAAUUUCAAUUGUAUGUACGCAAGCAUUUUUUUAUUACACGCUCUCUUUAUUUUGCAUCACCAUCACCCGCCAUAUUCUCUUCUAACUAAAUAAAAACUUUGCGACACUUUUGAUUUCCCAAUACUCGUCAAGUGUCAUUAUUUUGGUCAAAAUAUACCCCUAACUUAACAAUAACAAACCACCAUUAAUUCAACCUAGUCGACUACAAAAUUACAUUUUGUAGUAAAAACAUAAAUGGGUACGUGUAAUGUUGUAGCUACUAAAGAUACUUUACAGAAACUUAUAUUCAAAAUAAUGCGAUUACUAUUGUAAAGCUGUUUAUAGCAAAACACAAAAGAGACAACCCAGAUCCCACCCUAUCUAUCUAGCAAAAUUAAUAAAAUAAAAUAAAAUAAAGUACAUACAUAUAUUGUUAUAAGUAGUAAAUGCAGCGGGAAUCAAGAAAACACUUUUUGAUAUAAACAUCGACCUUUAAAGGUACAAAAAGCAUCACAAAAUACUCUAAACUUAUCCACUGUAAUUAUUUUUUUCAUUAAUGCAAACCUCGUAUAAGCGAAAAACUAAGUUGUUUAACUAAACGAAGCGUUCAAAGUGUGAAGUACAUACAAAUGUAUGUAUAUCAGAACUGUUACUUUGAGGAUAUAAAACUUUUGUUAGUACUAUUACGAAGUUUUACCCGAUCACAGCAGGUUCUAAAACGAACCAAACUAACAAAUAUCAACAAAAAGCAAAUAAUACGUGUUCACUAUAAGCAAACACAAAGGCAAAAACUAAUCAAUACCUGGCCCCGUAAAAAUCAUUAGCCAAAUUAAGUCCAAAAGUGUUGAAAUAUUUAUAGAAGAAUGCUACGAAUUUUAAAAUUCAAAAUUUUAUAUGAAUGCAAAACUGCGAUAACUGCGAUAUAAUCUACUAAAUUAAUGCAAGAAAAAGAAACUAUAUGCAUUUUAAUUUACUUUUUAUGUGCCUAUCAACAAACCGAAAAGUAGAAAUUACACACAAAGAAGUGUUAAUUACUCAAAUAUUUUAUAAGCAGUUCAGCGAACAAGGUGUAUAAUAUUGUAUUAUUCGUUAGACUACUUUAUUAUGUUAAAAUUAGUCAUUUAGUGACAGAGACCCAGUCUCACUCAGACUCAGUGAUAGGAGAACUCAACCCUUUCGUCCAGUCAAUCUAGUUUUUCAAUUGGGACAUGCCUGCGUAUGUCUCUGCCCAAUUCUAAUUUUUCUCGUUUUUCAUUGCUUCAAUAGUUCAUAACUAAGGAUUUAAAUUUGCGAAGAAAAGUUCUUUCUAGGACUAUUUCACAAAUACUGUUCGUAUUGCUUCAUUCACAAGAUUCACAAAUUAACUAAAAUAACCACGUAGUGUCUAUUCAAUUAAUUAGUAUUUUUUUUAAAUGCUGAUAAUAUGUAACUUAUUUCAGACUUUAUACAAAUUGUCAUUUUUGGGACAAUUCUUUCUUAAGUCAAAUCAUAAGGCCAAGUACAAAACCAAAUAUAUGUAGCCAAUUAUGUGGCUGCUUAAGCAAGCAGAGCUAUUCAAACAUUUGAUGGCGCAUAUUACCAAAACGUAUUUCGUACAGAUACAGAUCUACUUCAGCGUGGCGCUUUUUCCAUUGCGAUUUUGCAUUUAUACUGCAAAAAACGCAAAUUAGUCCUGCAUUUUAAUGACAUUUAUGCGUUACAAAAGAAACUAUUGAGUUAAGUUUACAAUAUCACUACAAAAAGUACUAAUCAGUAGCUGAACUCAUAUUAAAUUAUCGAGACAACUAGAAAUUAAUUAUAUACAAAAUCCACUGAAACCAAAAGGUAUACAUGUUUAAGGUUUAUCGAACUGGACCGAAGGAAGUAUUAACAAAGAAAUGCUAGAAACUAUAGAAAAUAAUUAUUUAAACUUGUAGAGAAUUAUGUAUAUUAUACGAGCAUGUAUCAUUAUAUAUUAAUACAUAUUUAUAUUAUUACUAAUUAUUACGAUGAGUAUGAUUAGAUACCACAGCAGUUAUUGAAAACAGCAUUAUUUCAAAAGUAGACUAAUUAAAUUAUUUGAAUUAUUGAAAAAGUAGUAAACUAUUAGAUCAGCUUAUUUAAUAUUUAGAUUUUUUCGUUUAAACAUAAAAAAUUAUAAAAAAGCUAAAUCAACAUGAACGGAAGCGUACGCGCGAUAGAGAGAAUAACAGAAAAAAGCUGAUUUUCUAAAAUAACAAAAGAAAAAUUAACUAAGUUGAAAAACCAACCAACAAAUGAGUAAAUAAUAUACAUACAUAUAUACAAAAUAUAAAAGGAGUUGUCCUUCUGGUAUAUAAAUACACACUAAGAGAUAUUUUAAUAAUUUUAAAAAUAUCAAUUUAGAGUAAAUGCCUACCACCACUUAUUAGUUUGCAUGCUAAACAAAAUAUUAAGUUAACUCAGAUAAAUACAAACAAACCAGAUUAGAUCAAAAAGUGAACACCACCAGAGAGAAAAAAUUUUUAAUGUGCACAGAAAUUAAUAAACUAUUUUACUUUUAACUAGUUCGAGAAAACAGUUGCGGCUAAUGCGAAAAAUACCUAAUUCAAACUAAAAUAUUCAAACACUUUCCAAAAACACUCCCAAACGAAACACUCAUUCAAACGAGUAAAAAAGCUAGAACAUAUUAAAUGUUUUCAGCUCUCAUCAGCAUUUUACCAUUUCAUAAAUUUAAAAUUGAACAUAAAAUGCUGAAAGAUUUUUAAGCUUAAGUUCCAAAUGAAGUUAUAUGAAAAUAAGUUGGUAUGUUAAGAGUAAACGCAAAUGUGGUAGGAAAAAUAAACAAAUACAACUGCAAUUAAAAACUCAAAUAAUACCUAGCGUAGCUAAAACAAAGAUGUUACAAUGUCCUAAUACAAUUUCACAACAACAACACAAGAAAAGAGUCGUCAUAAUCUUAAGUCUAUAAAAAAAAACAAAUACAAAAUAACCAUUAGAUUCACAAGAGCAGUAAGAUAAUAUAAAAUAAACAUAACAAAAACGUAUUAUAAAUGGACUUGAGUUCGUAACUAUAACGGUACAUAAAAUAUAUGUAACAAAUGCACUCAUGCCAAAAUAUAACUGAAUAUUUAAUUAGAAAAUCUAGUAACAUUUUUGAGACAACCCAAUAGAGGUACCGCAACAUGAGGAUGAAAAGGAACACAAACUGAUGGAGAAUUUAUUAUUGGGCGUUACACACCAGCCAUUGGAAACCAUCAUCAACAGAUUUUAUGAAACUGUCAAUACUUGCGCUUAAGGUGAUGAAAGAACCCAACAGUAUGGAAGAGCAGACUGGAAGCGGUUGAAGCUGCCGCAGUUUGGAAUGUGUUAGGAUCAUUUCAAAUACAUUAUGAUAAAAUGGCUGAUUUAAAGAUUUAGUGAACAAUUUUGAAUGCGUUAAAAAUGACUUUUGAAUCGAGUUAUUUUCUUGAAGUAUGUCAUUUUAUAUUGGAUAAUCUGUAUAUGAAAAAAUACAUAAACACAAAACAUUUAAUUUUAUUUAGGAGCAAAAUCCCACAAAACAUCGCCAAAGUUAAAGCAAACAACCACAAUUUCAAUAAAUAUUAAUGGAAAUUUAGUUAUAAGUAGUAAAAAACUAUGUUGAUUAAGUAUUUACAUUAAUAUUUAAGAUUUACACAUAAAAAUGUUAUAAAAGACCAAAUCAUGUGGAUAAUACUGGCAAGAACAAUAGUAAAAUCUAAAAUUGAUCUAGGGAUAUGAGAGAAAAAAAAUUCGCAUCGAUAAUUUAACGGUAAGUAAAAAACAUUGCAAAUUUCAGCCAACAAUUAACUGAAAAAUCAGAAGCUGAUAGACCUUUCGCUGCGUAGCUUUUAAGCACAAGAAACAACGGCUCUUAAGCUGAAAAAAUAAAAAUGCAGACCAUAUAAAACGAGUCUGGUAAUGAAGGUGGUCUAGAUAAUAGUAGCCAAUAAAAAGCGGGAGAUAGGGUGAACAAAUCAAAAUCAAUGCUCAGUUAAAGAAGUUAAGUAAGGGAUAGUGUGAAAUUCAAGUUCAACUGUGUAGAGAAAGAAAUCAUUGAAGUUACGAUAGUUUGAAAUGUUACUGAAAAGAAAUAAAUGUAGUUAAAUAUUAAGCAAGCACAAUUAUAAUAUAAAAAAUAAGAAUAAAAAAGCAAAGUGCUUUAAAUUAAUGCAGGAGGAGAGAGCUGAGAGUAUAAAGAAAGCUUUUGCGAACAAAAAACUGCCAAAGCACCAAUUUAAACUAAAAAAGUAAAGUUUUCAAUAGAAAAAAAGAGUCAAUGAAAAUUAAUUAAAAAUUAUUGUCUUGAAUAGUAAAAAGAUUACACUUGAUAAGAAUGUAGUACAUCGUACUUCUUAGAGCUAUACACUCUGAGCUUUUAAAGUAAGUUAAAAAGCAUUUAGUACUUUCAAAGCUUCCCGCGGCUUUAAAGCAUUUGAUGUAAUUGUAACUCAACUUUUGAAGCAAAGACAGUGUGUCAGUUUAAGUCGUUUGUCGAGGUAUGCUGGCUAGGUUAUAAAGUUUUCAAUUCUUACAAGAUACCGAAAUAUUAAAAUUAAGUUAAAAUUAAACAUUUCAAUGUUAAUUAAUGAAUAAGCUGCAUACUUCAGCUAUUCAAAAAAAUAUUUCACUGCAAUCAAAACAUAUUAGUAUAAUAAAGUAAGAAAAUUAGUAAAGAAACGUACAUUUUAAUCUUAUAUAAGCACUUUGCUGUUUUAUAGACAUGAAAAAAACAAAUAACCGAAAUAUUAAAAUUGAAUGGUAUUAUUUAAAUUUCACGUAAGUUUUAAAAUAAAGCUUAAUUACAACACAACAGCUUCAGAAAAAUGCUUUACAAAAGACAUAAUGCCGAAGCAUCAAAACCGCUAUCGUUUUCACAAAGCUUUAAAGUCCAUAGAUGCCUGCUGAAACCUUGAUAAAACCGUAAAAGUAAUAUUAGUAGUGCUGUCAAUCGAAUAAAGGACACUGUUCGGCAAAAUUCAUAUGCGCGCUCUGUCACUGAGCCAGAAUUAAAAAGGCGCAUUGAUGCGGCGUCAGUGGCUUUCGAAUAAUCGCAGCACGAACGUGUGAAAGUUGCGGCACUUAUAUUGAGUGAGUAAGUGGGCCAAACAAGGUCUACCAUUUACAAGAAUUUCACAGAAGCUUCUAAGAGUAUAUACUCGCAUAUUUCUACAUAGCCUUAAAGAUUUAGUUAAAAAAUCGAAAACAACUUUACAUUGACAAGAGUUACACAAUCGCAUAUGAGAAAUGGAAUCUAUAGUUUUUAAAAAAUAUUUAACCCCUAAACUUUUUGUUAACGAAGGCAUGAAAAGAAUUACACAAUCGCAUUUGAGAAAUGGUUUAACAUCUACAGUUCUUCAAAUAUAUUUAACCCCUAAACUUUUUGUGAACAAAACUAAAAAAUUAAAGUAAAGGUAAAAAGUAAUUUAAAUAAUAACACUGUUAAAGAUUUUCAGAAAUUAUAAAACUUUCUAGGCGUUAUUAUCAAAAUAUUACAUUAAAAACAAAUGCCCAUAAAAUUUUGAGUCAUAUGAGGUUUGCAAUAACAACAACAGCGAAUUAAAAGAAUUCAUGCGAAACUCAUCUCAAAAUUUAACCCAGAUUAGCUGUAUUUCAGCUUCAAAUAUCAAAUAUAUUAAAUGCCCUUUCGAAGCAUGGCAAAACCUAGUAAUUUAAUACGGGCUCAUCAUUUGCAAAGCACAUAAGUGUAGAGACAUUCAUUCAAACACGUAGUGGAAAAAUUAUACAAUACUUGUCAAAGUGAAGCCCAUCAAACAUUUAAUGUUUGGUCAAAUAAAAAUUAUAUACCGAUUAGUCAGCGUUCCAAAAAUUAAAAGAAAAUAUAUACAAAAUACAUAAAUCUAAUUAAAGUUAUAUCUAAUAAGAAGAAACAUAAUAAAAUAUUCAGCAUACACAUUUGGAAAAGAAUGGACCACUGAAUGUGGCCUCUUAUCUUGGCAAAGUGUUUGACGGCCGAUGAGCAAAAACUUGCGAAACCACGGCAGGUAGUGCAGGACAGUGAUUGUAGUCGCCGAAUCGUAAAGCCAAUUGUUAGACAGUCAACAACAUGAAAAAGUCGAAGGCCAGUAUGUACACUUAAAAAUAGUUAAGAAAUUAAUAAUUAGUCACGUAAGUUGAUGUUGCAUUCACAAAUUAUAAUACACAAUAUUAUUAACAGAAAAUUAUAAAAUUUACUAACUGCAUUGUGUAACUAUUAACAAAAAGGAAAAUGUAAACUUUUUAAAAUAUUAUAUUCUCAUAUUUAGACACAAAAUAUAAAUUUAUGAUAGCAUGUAAACCCAUACAAUUUGAGUGUCGAAACGCGAAAUAUGUAUAAGCAAAUGGCAUACACUUGCUCGCAUUCGCAUUAGUAGUUGCUUGUACUUUAAGUAUAAUUAAGGAAAUGAUUGAUAUUGAAAGUUGCCCAAUUUACCAAAAUAAACUCGGAAGAGUUGCCUGCAGUCAACAACAGCUCGACUGCAAAACACAACAUUUUGUUUUAUUUGAUUUUUAAUUUAAGAUUUUUUAUUUAGAAUAAUUAAUUAAAAGCAAACAAUCUAUAAAAUAUUUAGUUAAAUAAGUGAAAUUUAAAUUUUAACAAUAAAAACAAAAAUUACUAAACGAAAAGGAAUAUUAGAGAGUACUUCAAGCCAUACAAAUUAUAAAUCGUGAUUAAAAUUAGAAACGAAAAUAUGAACAAAAAUAUUGAGAUAAGAAAAUUUAUAAAGUAUUAGGAAGAAAGCCAAUUUCUUUCUAUGUUAAAAGCGUGCUAAAAAGUAAUACUCAAGAAUUCCCACAGGCCAGUCAGUCUAUAAAAAAUUGAAGUAAGUACGAGAGAUUAAAAUCAGAAGUGAAAGGAAAAUGGGUAAUUCUAUAAAAUAGAGGCUACUAAAGCCAAUUAAAAAACAAACAAUUACUACAAGAAAAACAUAAUAUAGAACUCUGUAACAAAAAAGGUAGAAUCUAAUGAUGAAUAGUAAAAAAAUUUUAACAAAGCAAAAAUGAAGGAUAUUAAAAGGUAAACGAAGUAAAACUUUGCAAACUCCUUAGCGAAGAAUACCCUAUAAAAACUAAAGAACAAAAAAAAAAAAACCAAAAAAAAAACACUUAAAAACAAAAA